AUGGAAAAAAUUGUACUUUAUUAUUACAUUGUGCUCAACAAUCUUACAUUGGCUUGUGGAGAAAACAUCAAAUUAUUGCUUGUUGAUGCUGGUCUAGAGCAUGAGUAUGUUCGUCUCGAAGGCGGUGAGAGCUGGAAAGAGAAAAAGAAGAUGCUGGAGAAAGAAAAGGGCCAAGGUGUUCAACUUAAGCGAUUGUUCAAGACUGUGCCUGUUAUGCGUUAUAUUUCUGCUAAAUUAAACUACAGGUACCAUGGAUCAACUCCUGAAGAGAAUCAUUUUAUAAAUAUGAUUCCUGAGCUAGUUGAAUCUUGGCUUAUGAGUCUCAAAAAUGCAACACUUAAUUCAAAGAUAAGAAUGCCAAUCAAAAAUGAAUCAAGGCAAGACCAUGUAGAUAUAGAAUCAUCUAAACAACUUGCCAUGUUUAACAAAUAUUAUUUAGAUUAUCCAGGUCCCUUCCUUGUUGGUGAAAAGAUUAUUUAUGCUGACUUUUUGAUCAAUCAUAUGCUUGACGAUGAUGAUUGUCUUGAUGAACUCAAGCAUUAUCCUCAACUUGCUACAUUUGUUGAAGCUUUUAAGCAAAGACCUAAUCUGAAUUCAUACCUUGCCUCUCUUAGACAUUAA